GUAAGAUAUAAAUUGACCUUCAUUAUCUACAUUAUCCACUUUAAGUUGACAUAUAAAAAAGGGCCUCAGUUACAAUACGCGAAUUGUGGUACCAUCGUCAAGGAUAACCAUAGUCCCUGGAAGAUAAUUAUCGCAUUAUUAUGCCCAUCGUCGUUUGAACCAAAUUAAACAAGCGUUUCAUAUCCUAAAAAUAACCUUUUGAUACAAUGUUGCUAUCAGUAAUUGAAUUCCUCUUAAGUGGGGAUUAUUCCUCUUUAAUGUGAAUUAUUAUUGCAAUUUGUUAGUUCUUGCGCUCACCAUACCAAAGCACAUGUGUUACCUCUCCUCUGACAUGAUAAUUGUAUCAGCAAAGGAUUCAUCACAGCGAAUAUUUAAAGUGCUUCAGUCCGAACAUGUGUCUCAGUGACUCUGCAACAUGAAGGUGUUUGUUUGUGCCCUGUUCCUGCUAGGACUUUUAACUCCAACUCGAUGUUCGUCCCGAACUCAACUGAUCGAAGAGUUUCUGGAGAAGCGUUCCAUUACCAGCCUGAUGUUACUCCACUGUGUCCAGGAGCCGGUUGAUCAGGAUGUGAUCCGCAUCGCAUCAGCCCUUCGCCAGUCAUUCCAUGGCAGCGUGUACUACCUCGACGUGACCGGCGCCCACUUUCGACGGCAUUUCCAAUGGCACAUGUUUUAUGAGCGCUACAAAACGGCCAUCACUCUCAACCUGGAAUGCUCCGGAAUGGAAUCAGUUCUGAGUCACCUGUCCGAUAAUGCCUACUUCAAUGAUACCUUUCAUUGGCUUAUGUUUGGUGGACGCAACUUUGAGCAGGUGACCUGUUUGCUGUCGGCUCAGAACAUUAACUACGAUGCCUCCAUCAUGCUAGUGUUCGAUCGUGGCGAUCGUGCAGAUGUUCCCAGGAUUUUCGAAGUGUAUGAUGUACGGGGGACCGUUAAGCGCCGUGGGGGUCGAGUUAGUUUCGAGCUGUUGGGAACAGUUUCUUCGUUGAACCAGCUGCCCAAAAGUCGGGCUCGCAGCCACGACCUGGAGGGCAUUGAGCUGUGGACAGCGCUAGCGACCAUUGACAAACUACAGUCGCAAUCAUUCAUCGAGUACCUCAACCCUGUAAAGAGACAGACAUCGUACACCGCAACCAUACACAGCUAUCAGCUGGUGAAGUUGCUUGAGAUGAAGCUGAAUUUCAAGCUCAUAGUGAUAUUAACCGAAGAUUGGCGAUUUGAUCUGAUCGGCAAAAACUCAUCACGAGGUGUAGUGGGCCAGCUACAAUCCAAACAGGUCGAUUUUGUGACCACUCCCUUUGGACUCACGACGGAGCGUAUUGCAAUCUUCGAAACAACCAUCGAAAUAGCGCACGGAACCUUCUACACCGUGUUCCGGCAUCCGAAAAGUUUGAACAAUAGCAACAUCUUCAUGCUUCCGUUCACGAAUAUUGUUUGGCUUGCUAUUAGCCUGAUCUUUGGCGCGGUAGCACUACUGAUCGCGCUGCUGAUCGUCUGCAUUCACCGGACAGGUCGCAGUAGAUCAACUCUCGACUGGCUGGUGGAACAGUCGCUGCUCGGUACGCUGGGAAUGGUGUGCCAGCAGGGCAUCCAUCAUCGCAUCAUUUGGUGGAGCUCGAACCAAGUGCUGGUACUGGUCGCGAUGUGCUCCUCGAUGAUCCUGUUCCAGUUUUACUGCUCCUUCAUCGUGGGCUAUCAGCUGAUCACACCGCCAAAGACGAUCAACACGCUGCAGAAGCUGGUGGACAGCGAGAUAAAGAUGACGGUCGAGAAUCUGAGCUACCACCGUGACUUUUUUCUCCGUACCAACAAUCCGGCCGCUUUGAAGCUGUACGAAACGAAGGUUCUGCCCAACAGGUAUGGAGGAUUCGUGAACCUGUCGUUCGGUAUGCAGCUGGUCCGGCAGGGCGGGUAUGCGUUUCACUGUGAAACUUCGUACGGCAAUGCACUCAUCAUAGAAACGUUCACCGAACGGGAAAUCUGUGAUCUGCAGCAGGUCCAGCUCUAUCCCCAGCGUCCCGUCCAUCUGCCCCUGAUCAAGGGCAGCCCGUUGCGGGAGCUGUUCAAGAUUAACCUGCAGCUGAUCAAGGAAAGCGGCCUGCUGGCGUACCAUCACGCGCGAUACUAUACGCCCCGGCCCAAGUGCAACAAACAGAGCAGUACGCACACCGAGCAGAUCCAUCUGGCGGAUGUGAGGUUCGCGUUUGUACUGCUGGCCGCUGGUAUGGCCGCCAGCGCAGCAUUACUCGCAUCGGAGCUUUUGUUCUUGCGCCUUCGUACCUGGUGGCACGAGCGGCAGAUACGAGCCAUUCCGGCGGGGUUCCGUUGGCUUAAUUAAACAGGCACAAUGACGAUGGGCGUAGAGGGGCGGCUUCCAGGUGCCCCUUCGAUAUGGGAUGUUUGGCUCAACAUGCAACUAUCCACCCAUCUCAAAACGGAAAGAAACUGGCAUACAUUCCAGCACCAUAUUUAACAAACUCCUGCGGGUAAUCACAACACUAUGAACUCGUCAGCACAUGUGUUAUCCUUAGAAACUACCGCACACAGCACUACUUCUUUAUCAAAACCACUUAAUCGUUGACUACCCCGAACAAGCCCGUUGGGCUACAAACAACACGUUGCAUGUUAAACGCAAAUACACGAGAACUAGUCUUCAACGCUGCCGUUUAUUUCGCUACUUCCUCCGAGAAAAAGAAGGUGAAACUUUCUCAAAAUUGAUUUCCAACCAACACUUGCUCUACUCAGCCCGGCUGCAGCGACGGAUCGGUGGUAACUGCCACAUUCUACCUUUACUGUUUGAUGGUAAUCGUGCCGAGGCAUCGGUUCGUUUAUCGGCCACACGGUGUAAAGGUGCCGUUUGAAAACCGUUGCAUCCGUUGCCACGCGGGAAAUUUUGCACGAAGGACGACGUACCUUGGUGGAGCCUCAUUAGCUUUGACGCGUCGAGGCUUGGUUGUGUGCAUCUGGGCGGUCGCCGCUCGGGCCCCCCCAGAAAGGUUCAUGCAUUUCCACCGUUACUGCCCGUUCACACCGUGACAUCACGCACCCUCGCUCUCUUUCUCCUCUUCGAUAGGCGCAAUAGAAUAUUGCACAUUAUGUUUGAUAGACAGGCGAACGCAAACGAGGGAAUUCCCGUAACCCAUAACGUCCCCAAGUGGGCCUGGUUCACCACACC